CUUCCUGUAGGCCCCUGGCAGAGAAGCAUGCAGUGGUGUCUCCUGCUGCUCUGGGCCCAGGGGCUGAGGCAGGCUGCCCUCACCUCAGGUAAGGCCUGAAAUCUGGCAGAGCAGGGACCGGGAGACAGCAAGGUUGAGCUUGGCGGGAAGACCAGGGUGCCUGUGUAGGGAAGGUUCCGAGUGCACGUCACAUCUGUUUUAAGGAAGGAAGUGUAAUUUUCAGAGUCUUGUGUACCCUCAUGUGAGAAAGGCAAUCUCUGAGAAGGAGCUAAAAGUUCUGUUUUGGGUGGCAGAUGAAGGACUUUGUAGACCCUUGGGGUUGGGGGUGCCUUGCUGGCUGGCACAGUCAAAGAAAAAAGAAGGCAUCAGGAAGGAGGAAUUAUCGGCUUGCUUUUAGAAACUCACUCCUGCUCCAUCUUCUUUUCUUUUGUCCUGAGGAACCUUCCGGAAAAGCAUUGGCUGAAGUGACCCAGAUCAACUGGGAGCAGCAGGACCAGCUUCUGGCCAUUUGUCAUGCUGACCUUGGGUGGCACAUCCCCCCAGCCUUUAGAGACCGAGUGGCCCCAGGCCCCGGACUGGGCCUCUCCCUCCGGUGGCUGACCACAAAUGACACAGGAGAAUAUUUCUGCAUCUACCAUACCUACCCUGAUGGGAUUUACAAGGGAAGAAUCUUUUUGGAGGUCCUCAGAAGCUCAGUGGCUGAGCACAGCGCCGGGAUCCAGAUGCCAUUGCUUGGAGCCGUUGCCACAGUGCUGGUGGCCACCUGCACAGCAGUCGUCGGGGUGGUCGUGUUGGCUAGAAAGAAAUCUCUCAGAAUCCGUUCUGUGGAAAGUGACCUCAGGAGGACACCAGCUGAACGGGAGCAACGGAGUCCCCGAGUCCCCGCGUCCCCUGGGAGCUGCGUCCAGGCAGAAGCCGGCCCUGCUGGCCCCUGCGGAGAGCAGAGGAGAGACGACUACGCUGAGCCGCACGACUACUUUAACGUCCUGAGUUACAGAAGCCUGGGGAGCUUCAGCUUCCUAUCAGAGACUGGUUAGGGCCAGAGAGGCGUCUUCUGGGAGGCCUUUGCUGUUAGCAGCGGCCGUACAAGCUGCUGUAUCCUCCAUCAGUGUGUGUGUGUGUGUACUCAGGGGAGUAAAUGAAUGUCAUUCUCUUCCCACCUUCAUUUCCUCUCCCUUUCCUUCCGUCCCAGGAUGGCAGACCUGGGGUAAGUAGUGUGUAUCUUGAUCGUGAAUGUUAAAAAAAACUUGACCUGGUUUUGAAUCUGGCAGUUUGAGCAGAACCCAUGGCUCUGAGAAACACAUUCCUCUUAAUGGCACUGGGCAGGGUUUGGGGCUACUGGGUUUUGUGGCGGGUGACGAGGAUGGGAUGACUGCAGAGCCACCCUCGUCUCAUUUUCACUGUCAUUUUCAUUAACAUUCACUUAUUCGAGGCAUGUAGUGAACAAGGCAUGUUAUGAAUAAGGCAUGAUAUCAGGCUUUAUGGGGAGAUUCCAGGAUGACUCAACCUCGGUCUCUGCUCUUAGGAACUUACAGUUAAGCGGGGAGAUAACAUUCACAUUAAAAGGUAAUAUGCAGUUAAGGGUACACGAUGCAGGCCUUCGGGAAGAGAUGUCGGUUUGGGGCGAGGUGGCCAGGGUAGGCUGAUCUGUGGGGAAGUGUCGGGGAGCACAGAGGGAACCCUGAGGCUGGCCUGGUGGGAGCGGGAGCUUUGUCUGGGGACCUUGUGGGAACUAAGGCCGGCGCAGCUGUACGUGCCACAGGGAAGGCCUUGGCACCAAGGGCGCCAGCGCGCUUCAGAUUUUACUCUCCGGGCAGGCAUUUCAGGCCUCCCUUUGCUGUGGUGCACUCAAGCGUGUGAGCGACCGCCCGACUCACAGGACCCAGGCCCGGCCAGCUGUGCGUGGGAGGCCCACAGGAAAUGGCACAGUUGCGCCACAGUUACCCCGGCCCCAGUACGAAGAGGUCAGAGAGUGAAUAAAAGUGUUCAAAGAAGCUAGUUUGAGGGUGUAUAUUUUCUAAACCCUCUAUCAGCCCCUCCUUUUUUCCCCCCUAGGAAAAGUCCCUAUUUUAAAAAUCCAGAUUUUACUUUUGGUGGGAAAGAGAUUCUUUUUUUCAAAUGCUCAGCGAUGCACUCACCCAGAUAAGGCUAACUGAGGCUCAAAUGCCAAGACGUGGCUGCCUCCGUGGACACAUGCCAUUUCCUGUGGCCUUCCCCCGAGCGGGCGGCUGGACGAGCCUGGGGCCUGUGAGUCAGGCCGUGGCUAAUGCAUUCUGAGUCCACUGCAACAAAAGCAGACUUGAAAUGCUGGCCUAGAGAGUAAAACCUGAGGUUCACGGGCUCCGGUGGUGGCAAGGACCUCCUUCCCUAUGGGACGCUCAGCUCCCUAGCCUCAGUUCCCACAAGUCAAAGCGCCUGCUCCCACCAGACCCGCCUCAUGGUUCCUUUUGUGCUCAUUUCUGCUUAACUAACAUUCAGGCUGAAUCUUGAAGACUUUUAUCCUUCCACCACCUCUCUUCGAGGGAUGAGCAGGGAGGCCGGAUUUACCGUGACUGAUUGUCUAUCAUGGGCACAGGCACCGAGACAGGAAGUGAAGCAAGGCCGUGUCUUGCCGAUGGUUAAAAUGAAGCGUGGCCCUGCUCCCUAAGAACUAGGCCAAGAAGACACUUCAACUCCUACUCCUCCUCGGAUUUCUAUUUGUAUUUCCCUCAAUUUUUCUACCAACGGGUAUGUAGUUAGGAGCAAUGAACUGAAUUCUGUCCAGAGCUCCAAGUCCUUUAGAAGAAGGAUAAAUGCAUGUAAAAAAUGUUGCUUGCUGUGGCAAUUCACAGUGCUUUUCUUGCAAAAUUAGUACCAGUUGGUUGGGAGUAAAACACAAUUCACAAAUUGAAAAUGAACCAAAAGGUAAUGACAAAAAGGGAGUGGUAUUUUGAUUUGGGGGAGAGUUAUAUUGGGCCUAGGUUGGACUGAGAGUUGGGUGUUAUUUAACAUAAUUAUGGUAAUUGGGAAACAUUUAUAAAUACCAUUGGGACGGUGAUAAAAUACAAAAGGGCCUAUAGAUGUUAGAAAUGGGUCAGGUUACUAAAAUGAGAUUCAGUCUGACAGAAAAUAAACUUUAAAGCAGAAUUCACCCAACUAGGUUCUCCUCUGAGAACCAGAGAAGACAAUCCACUAAAAGCCAGAUUCUCAGAGGCAUGCAUAAGCCUGCAUGGUAGCCACUUUUCACACGUAGCUAUUGACCACUUGAGAUGGGAUUAGUCUACAUCGAGAUGUGCUGUGCUAUAAAUAUAAAGUACACAUUAGAUUUCUGAAACAAAUGUGAAUAAUAAGAAUGUAAACUAUCUCAUAAGUAAUUUAAGAAUAUGGAUUACAUGUCAAAAUGGUACUAUUUUGGACAUAUUGGGUUAAAUAAAAUAUAUUAAAAUUAA